AUGGCUCCAAGAAGUGGAGCGCUUCGAAACAUGUCAUCCGAUGCCACUGGCCAAAGACAGCCAAGCAAAUGGAGGAAGCGUAAAAUUUCAGACAGCGAUGACAGUUCAGUGCAGUUUCAGGUUAAGCGAGAUCGUAUAAAUGCACCAUUGAAACAGAAGAACAGGAAACAAGAUGUAAUUGAAGAUUUGAUCGAGGACGAAGCGACAUUGUUUUCGUUGAUAAAGAAUGGCAGAGCAGCGUUGCAAGUAAAGUUUCAUUUUUUUCAUGUUUUAGCAUUGCAGGAGGCUGUUUUUUUCUGCUUCUUUCAGCAAAUCGCUGAUGAUUGGAUUAAAAAAUAUGAGCAUGAUCGCCUGGCAGCGACCGCUGAACUUGCGCAGUUGUUCGUUUCAGCUUCAGGCUGCAAAGGCCAAGUCGCACGGAACCUUGUUCAUGCAGCCGAUUAUACGCGACUAAUCAGGCAGAUGACAGAGGAUUUUGAUGAGGAAAGUGGAGACUACCCUCUCAUUUCUUCUGGAGCACAGUGGAAACGUUUCCGUCAAAACUUUAGUGAUUUUGUGCAGGUUUUGAUCAAACAGUGCCAGUACAACAUCAUCUAUGAUCAAUACCUGAUGGAUCAUGUUCUUUCGUUUUUGACCGGUCUGUCUGAUUCUCAGGUACGCGCCUUUCGCCACACCAGCACUCUGGCAGCCGUAAAGGUAAUUACCGCUCUGGUGUCUGUUGCUGCUAAACUGAAGCAAAGCCUUGAUACACUGAAACGACAGUUCGAUGCUGAGCGCUUGAAGUCAAAACGAGUGGCGGAACGACUAGAAUCGCUUACCAGUAAGCGACAGCAGUGUACCGAAAAUAACGAGGAAGUGAUGAACAUGGUGACGUACAUGUUUCGAAGUGUGUUUAUCCAUCGCUACCGACAUUUUCCUCGUUUACUAACGGAAGCAAAUGCUCGAAGUUUAUUUAAUUGCGUUUUUGCUAUGCACCGUGGUCUGGCAACCGCUGCCGGAGAAUUUUUGGUCGCGUACUCAUUUUCGCUUGAUUAUACAAGUCUGCUGGACCUCGACCAACGGGACAUGGAAACCGAACUGGCAUUGGCAAGUCUGCUUAAUGGCCUCGUGCACUUUGCAAUGGAUAACGAGCUGAGCGAAAACGCUGCUUACCUGGUUGACGCUCUCUUCGACUCUACUAACCUGCUUAAAGAGUGGCAGGCAAUGACCAACUUGCUGUUAAACGACAAGUGUGACGCAAACGGAUCUUUAUCUGAAGCCCAGGAAGCGAAACUAAUCGAAGUAAUGGUUUGCAGCGUAAAACAGGCAGCCACAGGCGAUUGUCCCGUUGGUAGAACCCCAAGCAGAAGAUAUAUUGCAUCACCAGUGGCAAUCUUGAAUUUGCUCCAGAUAGCGUUGUACUUCGACUUAGAGGUAUAUUCGGCAAUCCGUUUCGAUAAGCAUCUUGAUUCUCUUCUGAAGUGUAUCGACGACAUUUUCGAUAAGCACACCGAUAAAGAACUGUUGGUCACUUGUAGCAAGGUGUACGAAUAUCUGUGCGCUGAGUCACGAUCGAUCCAAGGACGCUGUGUGACUGAACGUUCGAAAAUGAUCGACACGGUAGUCGUGAAAUUUCGGCAAAACGUUUUGCGGUUUACCGACGAGUUAGAAGAUUUCGACGAGGAUGAUCUGGCAGCCAUUAUCACUAGUCUGAAGAAAAUCGAAGCUUUGUACCUAUGUUGCGAUUUGUCAAAGUACAACUUGUUGGACUGCUUACUGCCGUUUGUCAGUAGUGCUGAAGGCGCAAGCAGGGCUCCACAUCCAGAUGCUGUCUCUAUUUCGAUUCGUUGUUGCUAUCAAAAUCUUCUGUGGGAGCUUCACGCAGCCGAAGAUGCGCAGCCCUCUGAGGCUUUUUUGUGCAUUACCGAUCUGCUUUUGGUGUUCGGAAUGGCGGUACAUGAUUUUCUAUCUGACAUGAUGCCUGCCAUUCACAUAGCUAUUAAUGAUCUGCAAGACCUCCUAGAAGAAUUUGUCCGUCGCACUGCGUUCGCUUGCGAUGCUCAAGAACAGCGUCACGACACAGACGAUGAACAGGCCCUCGAAAGGUUACAUAUAAACCGCAAGAUUUUGGCUGGUUUGUGCAAGCUGAUCAUUUGCGGUGUGUUUUCGUAUGAUUCAGCUGCCUUUGUACUGCAACAUUAUGCGGCGUUUUACAACAAUUAUGGCGACAUAAUGAAAGCGAUAUUGGCCAGGUAUCGCGAAUACAGUAAAAAGUCGUGUAGCCGGGCUAUGCUAAUGGCGUUAAGGACGUCAUUCACGGAAGUUCAAGAUUCGAUGACGAGUAAUCAUAUCGAUAAAUCAAGCGAAAAGUUCGUUAAUCUUCGAGAAUUGGCCAAGCGUUUGGCGUUGUCUUUGGGCCCGGACGCUAUUCGUAGUCGAGAGAUUGUGGCGAAUAUUCAUAAAGAGGGGAUCGAUUUUGCAUUGGGCAUCGGACAACCAAUGAUUUUGGCGGAGCCGCCUCGACUUCCUCGAAACUUAGUGUUCUUUGACGUUCUUACUGAAUUUACGCACAAACUUGUGAAACAGGAUAAAAGGACACUCUUAUCUUACUUGGAAAAGCACACUUCUCUACUCGAUAUCACAGACACGCAGGAGUGGCAGCCGUUCUUUUCGUACAGAAAUUCUUUGAUACAUGGCGAAGAUCUUUCCGUCAUUACGCGCGUUACGGCGCAGAUUUCAGACACUGUUUCUCAGAAUAUGCAGUCACCUAUGCCUCAAGACUCGUUCGCAAACCUUAUACCGAAGCUUACUUCGACCACAGUCAGGGAAGGUGCACAACUGCCGCCCACACCUCUGUCAGAAGAGCAGCCAGAAGAGGAAAGUGAAACUACAGGCCAGCUGUUUGAAACAUAG